ACCAUGAACCUAAUAAAUAUAUUGAUUUGUAGUAGUGAAUAAAUGUCAGUGGAUUUUACCUGCAAUGGACGAUUUAACCAACGUGCAUGCGUUUAUCAAGCCUUAACCAAUGUCGUACUUCUAAGAUUGUUUGUUUCGAGAGUCCAGUGCUCAAAUUUAUGAAUUAAGGGAUUCAUCGUUUCCAAUAAAAUGUUCUUAUGUUGAUGUUAGUUAGAAAAGAAGGACGUACGAUAAGAUGAUUGUUAUAUUGUGGAUUGAAGAUGUACUUACUCGGUACAUAAAUCUUCCGGAACAUGAUCGAGGAGGGUUUUCUUUUUCUUUUUUGGUGCAGUGCCAUUCAAAACCGAGAGUCACUGAUAUUAACUUUAAAGAACCUUAAGGGCCAAAGUGAUAUGGCACUUCAACUAGCUAAUCCUGCAGCUGUUAAUUCCAAUAUUGAGGAUCUCCAGCAAGAAAUCAGUAGUUUUCAACAACAAAUCCAGAUGAUUGAAGCAGAACUAAGGAAUUUUGAUCCGGACCCAGUAAAUAUGUCAUCAAUGACAAUGGGUGAAGUUGAUUCGUGUGAGCGUAACUUACAGAAAACGUUAGACUGUAUCACAAAAAGAAAGGAAUAUUUGGCGCAUAAUCAACAAUUAAAUUCUUAUGAUCCUUCUUCAAGCAUACAGAUGCAGAUGUUUUUGAAUUCACAAGAAGGAAUACCAACUUCAUUUGGAAAUGAUGUUGCUAAUUGGAUGCCAGAAAACCAACACAACCACCCUAUCCAGAUUAACUUUGGAUCUGACCCUUUGAUGUCCCUCAGGGAUCACUCGUCUAGUGUGUAUGAUCAUCAACUACAGCAUGGCUCAACAAGCUUACAUGUAGAUCCUCGCAACAUGGGAGAGUGCCACGUAAGCAACCCCAGCGAUGGAGACCUUCAGACGUGGAAUCAGACGUUCCCUUCUACCGAUUUCCUCUCUGCUCUCAUGCCAUCAACCUCUUUCCCUCAUGAAAUGGUUGGAUCCAACAUGCAACAAGGUAUGUCACAGAUGCUGUCGCGCGAGCAACUAGAGUCUCAACAAAACUGUUCACAUAUGCACCAACCACAGCCACCACAAACAAAUAACCAUUGUGUUGAUUAUGAAAACAUUGGCCAGCAAUAGUUUACCAAUGUUGACUCGCGUCCAAGCAUGCAUCAAGGUGUUCCUUAGUCGCGUAUCCAAUUUAUUUUCAAUCAGAUUGCUAUGAGGCAUCUAUGUACAUACGUUUCGCUCUGAAUUUCUACAACGUGCUUUUGUAUCACCUAGGCAUGGGAUGGGAUGCUAUUGCAGUGAAACGGGCGCAAUGUUCUUUUUUCUCAUAUGACAUUCUUUUGUAUUUGUUGAAAUUUUGCAACUAGAAAAAAGAGAAGAGAAAUAUAAAUCAUUUAUACUAUAA